CACCAAACAAGAUCUCACCAGCCAAAAAAAGUUGUUUUCUCUGUCUCAUUCUAUUUCUUACCUUCUCUGCAUCUCUCAUAACUAAAGCGAAAUGGGAGGCAGUAUGAUGCCCGAAGCGUAUGAAAACAAUAUCGAUGCCGGGUUAUCUUCUCUUGCAAUCACCAACACUAGUCCCUGCCACAAUGUUCCGGUUCAAGCGCCGAUUAUAUCUUCCUACAAUGACCAAAUCAGGCCGUUGCUCGACACUAUCGACAGGCUGAGGAACCUGAACGUGAUGAAAGAAGGGAUCCAGCUUCCCACUAUUGUUGUGGUUGGAGACCAAUCCUCUGGAAAGUCCAGUGUUCUCGAGUCCCUGGCAGGAAUCAGUUUGCCUCGUGAUGUAGGAAUAUGCACCAGGGUACCUCUUGUGAUGAGGCUUCAGCGCAGUUCUAGCCCUGAAGCUGAGAUCUUGCUCAAGUACGGUGUUAAGUCUGUUACUACGGAUGAGGAACACAUCACCAAAGAUAUAUGCACAGCAACUGAGGCUAUUGCUGGAUCUGGGAAAGGCGUCUCAGACACUCCUCUUGAGCUCUAUGUAAGAAACAAGAGUGUUCCUGAUCUGACAAUGGUUGAUCUCCCUGGGAUAACUCGGAACCCCGUCAAUGGACAGCCUGAAGACAUAUACGAACAAGUAUCAGCGAUGAUCAAGAAAUACAUCGAGCCACAGGAAUCGAUCAUUCUCAACGUUCUUGCAGCUGGAAACGACUUCUCAACCUACGAGUCCAUACGCAUGUCCAAGCAAGUUGACAAGAAAGGGGAAAGAACUCUGGCUGUCGUGACGAAAGCCGACGUGCAGCCUCAGGGACUCCUUGAGAAAGUCACGGCAGACGACGUGAACAUCGGACUCGGUUACGUCUGUGUCAGGAACCGUUUGGGCGAUGAAACAUAUCAAGAAGCUAGAGAGAAAGAAACGUCGCUUUUCAAGACUGAUCCAUGGCUCUCCAAGAUUGAUAAAAACAUCGUCGGGAUCCCGGUCUUGGCUAAAAGGCUCGUCGAGAUCCAAGCGAUGAUGAUCAACCGUUGUUUGCCAGGGAUUGUAAUGAAAAUCGACGAGAAGCUGGACAAGAGUGUCGUCGAGUUGAGUAAGCUGCCAGCUGUGAUAACUUGUGAGAGGGAAGCUUGGAUGACCCUCACGGAUAUCAUCCGUUCUGUGGAGUCUCUUCUCAAGCUUCUAAUCAUACAAGGAGAGUACUCCGAGUAUCCGGAUGAUCUCAACAUGCACUGCUCUGCUCGUUUGGCUGAUAUGUUGAUCAAAUUCUCAAAUGAUCUACAAGCUCAGCCUCAGGUUGCCGGGACCGAGUUCUUGAUGGAUGAGAUCAAUGUUCUUGAAGAGUGCAAAUGUAUAGGUCUGCCUAACUUCCUCCGAAUGUCAGCCUUCGUAUCCAUCCUUUCGCAACGUCUCGAUGCGAUACGUGCUAGGCCGGUCGAGUUCAUGAAGGAGAUAUGGGACUACCUCGAAGCUGUUCUCUCAUCAGUCAUCAACAAAUACUCUGAAAACUUCUCUCAGAUUCAGCCUUCCAUCCAACGAGCUAGUCGGAGACUAAUCUCUAAGAUCAAAGAACAGUCCGUGACCAGAGUGGUCGAAAUGGUUGAGAUGGAGAAAAUGAUGGAAUACACAUGUAACCCUGAGUACACGACGGUGCGCACGCAGAUGAUAGCUGCACAAGCGAACUUCGUCAACACUGUGGUGGGCCUGAAUCUAGCAACCUCUGCUUCAUCUGGAUUUGGAACUGUUCCGAUUACGCAUCUAAGGAAGUAUCCGGCCCAGUUACUUCAUCAAGCUCUCGACCUGAAGAUAAGCAUCACAGCCUACUGGGCCAUCGUGGUGCGAAGGAUUGUGGACAGCGUUGCACUUCACCUUCAGUUCACUGUGAAGAAUCUUGUCAACAGUCAGUUUCAGAAGGAGAUUGUCGGGGAAUUGGGAGGAGGAGACUUUGAGAAGAUGCUUGAUGAGUCUCCGUCGGUGGCGUGCAAGAGGGAGAGGCUUAAGAACAGUAUCAAGCUGUUGAAGGAGUCCAAGGAAGCUGUUGCUGCCGUUCUUGAUCAGAGUCCUGGUCAUGGUUAUCGCUAUUAAAAGUCUUGCUUCGGUGACAAGUUUGGGUUUCUAGGGUUUUCGAAUAUUAUGGAACUUUGAUUUCUCGCGUAUUAUUUAUGUUUUUUUGCUUAAAAAUAAUGUGUGCGGUAGUAACGCCU